AGAAAAUUGAUCAAAUUAAAGAUAGUUCGUUUGAUUUUUGGCAAUUUUGGCAAUUCUUUUCAGCGAAUGUUGUCGAUGUAACAAUUUCCAAUUGUUUCAAUUGUUGAAGCGAAAUAAAGCGUUAUUUGGAAAGUAUUCGUUUGCGAAUUUCUAGUGAAAAAAUGAUGAGAGAAAGUUAUAAUAGACGUGAUGGCGCUGAACCCGACGGUCAGCAAAAUCAGAAUUAUUGGAUUAAUAAUAGUUUCUAUGACUUGCCCGCCAAUGAGUGUUUCUCCGCUUACAAAGGAGAUUCAUCAUUUGAGGUGAACAAACCUAAGAGAGAUUUAAAGAUAGGAGGAUUUAAACACUUUUUCAAAAGUGUAUUUUGUAAACUGUUGCGCUGUUGUUGCGUAAAAGGAGAAACUUCCGAUUCACCGAAGUGCGAAUUGGAGGAUUUUCAAUCUGGACUUGAACGUCUAAACAACACUAAAGACAAGUACAAAUUUCAAGAAAUUGGUGAAGGAUCUUUUGGCACAGUGUAUGUGGGUCGGUGUAAAAGUUCCGACAAAGCAAUCGCUGUCAAAGCCAUCAAGAAACGACGGUUUUUCCUAAAGCAGAAAUUAGAUAUUCUCAAAGAAGGAACUGCUUGGAGCCGCGUAUCCAGUCAUCCUCACAUUGUCAGUUUUAUUGGUCUCUUCGAAACUGAUAUUAGUCACUGUUUCGUCUGUGAUUAUGUGAGUGGAGAGAAUUUGACCGACUUCUUGGAAAUAAACGGAAUAUUAUCGGAAACCCAAGCUAAGACGAUCGGUGCACAACUUGCUUCGGCCAUUAUUUAUAUUCACAAAAAAGGAAUUAUUCACAGAGAUAUAAGCUCAAACAACAUCUUAAUAGAUAAAAAAAAUGGAGCACAUUUGAUUGACUUUGGUCUGUGCACAUUCGAACGCCGUCCACAAGACUUCUGUGGCACUCUGUUCUAUUUAUGCCCAGAAAUUGUUCAACGGAAGGAAUAUGACGCUUACUGCGAUUGGUGGGCGUUUGGAGUUGUAUUAUACCAGAGUUUGAUUGGAAAAACUCCAAUGAACAUUUACCUGGAAGAAAUUAUGACCAUUGAAGAUUUCCAGUCAUUGCCGAUAAUCGAGAAACUCCAAAUUGCUGAAGAAGUGGAGUUAACGUAUCCUUUUGAACUAUCGGAGGAUGCCAAACAAAUAAUCCAGGAUUUGUUACAGAAAAAUCCUCGGGAACGUCUUACAGAAGAAAACAUCAAAAAUCACAAUUUUUUCGAUGAUGUGUCGUGGCCUAUAAUGCCAGAGAAUUAAAUCAUUAUUUAAGACAUGCAUAGAAUUGUUCGAAUGGAUUACUUCUGUUCAUUCGUUCCUUUUAUUUUUACUUUAAAUGUUUUCUUUUAACUUCAUACUUUAUUCGUUAUAAAUAAAUCUUAAUUAAUUACUUAUCGUUUUCGCACGUUUUGAUUGUGUCACUCGUCUGACUUUUAUAUGAUCCGAAUGUUAAAUACAUUAUUAUAAAUGAUACGUAAUUAGGAAUUACUCAGUGACACGCUGUCCAUGAAAGCUGUGGAAACGCCGCUUUCCUU